GCUGUGUCAGCCAUAGAACAUGCAGGGGCGGGCUCUCUCGGAGUCCCUGCCCCUUGUUAUUGGUUGUAAUCAAACCGUUGUAUAACGUACGCACAAUUCCGGGCACAUUGUCUGAAAAUGCGCAAAUAAAGAUAAUGGAGGAGAAUUUGCAUCUAGCACCGCUAACCGAGGAACAACAAGCCCUGUAGCCGACGUCGUGAGGGAAAACACUUGGGUUUUAGAUUCAACGACCCCCAUCGAUUCACAAUCCGGACCGAAGAAAGGAUCUCCAGACGAUAUCUCCUAGGAAAGACGGAAGCCAUCGGGAAGGAGGACUGCCGCUUUCUCCGCGUUGUGGCAAAGAAAGCCGACAUGUAAUGUCUUUGGACGACGUCUGUUUGCUUGUGAUUAUUUCAACACAGACCCUGUAGCAGAUAAACCACAAGGGAACCGGCGACGUAGCACGCAAGAACAACACGGAGCACUGAUCUGGCAGCCAGGAUUGAUGUCUUUCGAGAUUUAGAUGGCAGCAGACUUUCAACACCAGGUUUCUAUUUAGAUGUAUCCCACAUCCUGGAUAGUCCUGGUCCUUUGUGUCCAUGAAAAGGAUUGGGCAAAAUAAGCCCUGGCUUCCAUUCCUUGCAGAGAAUGGCCAAAGGGUGGGAUUCAUACUUCCAUAACAUUCCACCUCUAUCAUCAGAUCCAAGCACUUUGAGAAGGACAUCUGAGUCAGAUGGAAGUCUUUCCCAGCAUAUAGAGAACUUGAUUGGACAUCAUGACUUCCCCAAUGCAGUGUCUCCACAUGAUGCCCCUGCAACAAACUCAAACUUCAACACAAACUAUAACUCAAAUCUCAGUAUUGAAAAUCCCAGUCCAGACUGUCUUUAUCAAAGCUACUGCAAGGAAACACCAUGGCAAGCUGAUGUAGAUCAAAUGGAAAAAGAUUACUUGCCAAGAUGCGGAAAUAGUAUCUCAGAUUUUGGCACUGAUGGAUUGUUGACGUUGGGAUCUUAUCCUUCAUCUUUUACAACAGAUUUACAAGAACUUAAGCAAGACUGUGGAAUGCUAGCUACAUCAUUUCUUGAAGACUACUCAGAUGUCAGUAGCUGCUCGGAAGCAGAAGUGGGUGAAACAAGGCCCUCUUGUAAAUUCAUGGCAAGUAAUUCAGUUCCAAAACCAAAAAUUAAUAUUGCUACAACACACAGCCCGUCAGAAUGGCUUUUCACUGAUACUGGAAAUGUGAUGCUUCCGACUGAGAGUCUGUGCCCUAAUAUGUCAAAGACUAAUGUAAUUCUGCCAAGUACAUCAAAUGUGACGACAGGAGAAAACAUAGUUGAAUGUGCACAAGACAAGAUGGAAGGAAAUGUCAAAUCUUACGCAGGACAUCAUCGGUCCUCUACUACAUUUAGCAUGGCGACAACUACAGGAAGCGAGACUGUAGAGGAUAGAAAUGAUCAUGGUGGUUGUCCAGAUCAGAAAAGAGAGGAGGAUGUGGAGAGAGAUCUCACUCAAGGAAAACCAAACCUCUCGAUGAGUGGCCAUGAAAACUUGGCUGGUGAUGGAACAGAAGGCUACACAGAUGGCAAUGAGGAGGAGCAAAUUGCUGCAGCUGCUCCAAAUAGCAUGACUACAUUGGACAAUGAGCAAGAUCACUCGGAUGAGAAAGUCCUAAGAAAGGAAAUUAAGGAAUCAUUUGACCAAAAAAAUGAUAAUCCCGACCCAACAGAUGGUCAUGAUGGAAAUACAAGAGAAGACACACAGGACAAAAGUGAAGAACUAAAAAUUGAAGGAAAGGAAUCUGGUGCAUUUGAAAAUAAGACAUUUGAUGAGCAGAAAUCCCCAAAUCCUAACUCCACUGAUGGUCAAGAUGAAAAUAUGGAAACUAACUUUCAGGAGAAAGAGAUCCAGUCAAAUACCUAUCAAUCUUCAGAUCCACUGGAUAUGAAAGUGUCAGAUUCUAAAGAUGUCACCUGUGAACUGAGUGAAUGCAAAAGUACCUUGAAAAGCAACGGUCAUGAUGUUGAAUCCUGUUUGCAGUUAUCUGAACACCAGUCUUCUGGAAGUGUAGCUGUGAUAAGUGAUGGUCAUUUCAGCAAUGCCAGUGACAAAAAUGAGCAAUGUGUUGCAAGUCCUUCAGAAUCCUGCUUACAGCCAAAUAGCUCCAGCAGAGAUGUAAAUCCCUGUCUAAAAAAAGAAUUGACAAGUGCAGCAGAGAAGAAAACCACAUCAUCCUCUAUAGAGCUAUUUUGCACUGACCAUCCUGUGACUAGUGACAGUAAAGAGCCAAGUGUUUCUAAUGGUUUAGAAUCCUGUUCACAGUCAAACACCUCAAGCACAGACAUAAAUCCCUGUCUACGAAAGGAAUGGACAAGUCCAGCAGAGAUUACAAAUGCAACUUCUCCAGAUCAGCAUCAGCCACUACACCAAAGUCCAGUGGCCGAACAAACAGGAAGUGUUAAUGUGGAUGUUGCUGAACAUGCAAGAGAGUCGUUGGACACAUCUGCGGUGGAUCCGUCAGUGCUUGGCAUGCUGUAUGGUGAACCUCUGUCAAGAGAAGAUUCUUCAUGUGAUGCUGAUGAAACGAAACUUGACACAGGUCACGAUAAAGACAGUUCUGGGGCCAGACCUGACAGUAACCGUAUAAACUAUUCAGAAGGACAAGCACCUCAACUCAAAUUCUCUAUACAAAUGAGAAAACAUCUGCAGCCUGUCAUAAUAUUGAAGACCUCAGAGUCCGUAAACGGAAUGAGUAACUCUUAUCAUUGUGCAGAUUGCAAACACACAACACACAAUGUAGAUGAUCUAAUUGAACACCACCAUUGUUGCCAUUCAGUGCACAAUUUCCAGUUUUGUGAGACUUGUGAUCUCUACCUGAUGAGGAAGGAACAAGCAGAGAAACACGUGUGUUGUGUAACCAAAGAAAGUCCUCGGCUCUCUUCUGAUUCCAACCUACCAAAAAAAGGAAAACGUCGCAGAUGCCUCAGGUGCAUUAAGUGCAAACUCAAAUUUUCCAAAAUGGUUUAUUAUGUCAGGCAUAUGAGGACUCACACUGGCAAAACACCCUAUAAGUGUAAUGGGUGUGAAUCCUAUUUCUCACAGUCUUGUAGCCUGCGAAGACACACGCGUAUACCUGGAAGAUGCAAGCAGCUUAACCAUUCAGUUACAGAUUCUGAUGUCGUUAUCAAAGAAACUAAAACGCCACCACAAAAGAGCUUGAUACAGAACAAACCAUAUCCAAAUCUGCGCGGAUGUGACGUAAAGCUCGUUGACAUCUCCAAAACUCAUCUGUGCAGUGUAUGUGGUAAAAGCUUCACAACUGCAGACAAGGCCAAAAAACACUUCCACAACGUACACAAGGGCAAGAGUUUGACAGUUUCAUCAAGUCUGUGUACCACAAAACGCAGUGGUGGGAAAAGCCAAAAACUGGAGAAUGAGAUAACAGGAUUAUAUAAAUGUCCUCUUUGUCCACGGCUUUUCAAGUACUCUUACAACAGGGCUCGACAUUUGCGUGACUGUGUCCGAGAAACAAUAUAUGGUGGCAAGGAAAAAAUUGCUGGUAAAUAUCGGUGUCCCUUGUGCCACGCUACCUUUACUUUACCAUCUAACCGAUAUAGACAUAUUAAAACAUUUUGCUUCAGAGAGUGUGUUAAUCGGCUUGCAAAAGAGAGGGUAAAAUUAAAGGAACAGGUUGAACGGAAAAAAACAAAGGGAAUUGAACAGAAAACAAAGUUAAAUAAAAAUGAACAAAAUAAACAGCCUAAGGAAAUGACACCAAAAAAAGAAGCACCCCCAUUUUUAGCAGCUCCCAAAACGUUGCCACAUUACAAAUGCAAUCUUUGUCCAGCCGUUUUUUGUCAUGCUUCUGGAGUAUACAGGCAUAUGAAGAAACAUGAGCUGUUUAAACUCACUGGCAAAAUGUUCAAGUACAGGAAUUCACUGUUGUCUACCUUAUCCAAACCAGCAACUUUAAGUACUACAAUGACUGGAGUGAGUAAUGAUAACUCAAAAUCAAGUGAAGCAAAUGGCAGUCUUUCCCUGAGCUGUCACUUUUGUGAAAAGUGUUUCGACACACCACAGUCGCUAAAGAAACAUGAACGCAAUCACAGAGGUCAAAGACCAUACCGCUGUCUGGAAUGUGGAAAAGGGUUCAAGAAACGUGCCUCAUUGAUUGGUCAUAAAAGCGUUCACCAGAGGAGGAUACAGUGCACUGUCUGCAGAAAGAUUCUUCCAACUAUUGGAGAACUGAUCAAGCACAGAAGCUCACAUCUUAAAAGGGGAAUGCUUCAAUGCCCAGACUGUCCUCAGCAGUUUCAGUAUCCUGCAUAUCUCCUUAGGCAUCUAGACACCCACAAACAGAGGGCAAACAAGACAAGUCAGCUUGAUGAGAGACCACCAUUAAAACCACAGCAGUCCAUGGAAUCUGUAAAAGAGGAGAGUGGACCAAAACCGCUACCGUGUUCCUUGUGCAAAGAGGUAUUUGAUGAUCCCCAAGUUCUAAGAAAACAUUGCCUUACACAUAUAUCUAGGUCGUCGACAAACCAGUGUCCAUUUUGCAAACAUAAUUUCAGUACUCGCCGUUAUUUGCUGCGCCAUAUGAUCAAACAUACUGGAGACAAACCCCUUUCCUGCUCUAACUGUGGAAAACAGUUUUACCGUGACUUGUACCUUAAACUUCAUCAUGAGAAGUGUUUGCAAGGUCAAACCAGACAUCUUGUCACAAUGGAGUCUGACACGAAGACAAAGGGGCAACAUCAGUGUUCCUAUUGUCCACGGAGGUUUUUCAAGAUAAUCCGCCUGAAAAAUCAUCACCGUGGCCACAAGACAAACACUCUGCUUCUAUGCUCAAGAUGUGGGCAGUACUUUGGAUUCACAAAAUUAAAUCAACAUCAGAGGAACUGCAGGGAAACUACAGAGCUCAACGCUGACUUAUCUCCUAAUGGUGAUGUCGGUAAAAGCACUUCACAGCCGAGCCAUGUCCCUAUGCCUUUGAGGUCAAAUGCAACCAGGAUGCUUCAGUUUAAAUGCUCUCACUGUACACAGAGGUUUAGGUACAGAUCGUUACUCUUGAGACAUCUUAUUUCACAUACUGGUGUGCAACCCUAUGCAUGUAUGCACUGUGGACACCGAUAUAGAAGUCAGAUAAUGUGUUUGCAGCAUGAAGCUUUCUGUAAUGGUGUUGAAAAAGGGCAGUCGAAAGUCAAAGGUGAGGCUGCAACUCAAUUGUCAAAGACGCCAACUCUCAGAGAAGCAGCACAAAAGCCCCAAACAGAAGUUGAAUCGGAGUACAAGUGCAAAUUCUGCACCAAGACUUUCAUGAAAUCACGAAGCCUGAGACAUCACAUUUUGACACAUAACGAAGUGAAGCCUUAUCGCUGUAAAGCCUGUGACAGCUGCUUUUCAAGGUAUGAUCAUCUGGAAGUACAUCAGACUCGCUGUAGAGGGAAAAGAACGCGAUUGGAAGUCUGUAUUCCCAAAAUCAGUUUGGAUGAUGUUGGCAAGGGUUGGCAAAAUAGGUUUGGCCUGGAGCCUGCUGAAAAGCAGGAGACAUUUGAUUGUGAAGUCUGUUCAAGGAGCUUCUCAACUCAGUCUAAGCUUUCUCGACAUGUCACUUUGUUCCAUACUACUAAACUAUUCAAGUGCACACGCUGUGGCUCGUCAUUCUCUCAUGAAAAAACUCUGAAAAAGCAUUUGAAGAUGAGGAGGUGCAGAAAGUUUUCCAAAGAAACUACACUGGAAACUAAUCCACCAACAGAAAAUGUGACAACCCCACUUAAAGCGGUGAGAAAUAGAAUUAUACAGCGUAUCCAUCCUUAUUUGAACAAAACGCACAAAUACGUAUGUAGUCAUUGCCCCCGUGCUUUUGGGAACAGCUGGCAAUUGGGUGUGCACACCCGACUACAUACAGGAGAGCGGCCAUAUGCCUGUGAUAAUUGUGGUGAGAGAUUUAUAAGGAAGGAUUAUAUGCAGCGUCAUUCCACAAAGUGCCACAAAAACACACCAAUAUUAUCAAAGUCCACAGUUGGCCAACUCCGACAGUCGACCUCCGAAAGCCCACCAAAAGGCUUUUCUUGUGCAUACUGUAGUUCCCGUUUCUUGCUAUUUUCACAGCUUCAGGAGCAUUUUUUAAAUGCACACCAGCUGGAAACAAAGGUACCACCAGUGUCCACUGCUCCCCUACAACACCAUCUGUUGAAUAUACCAAACAUCAAAGAAGAGCCUUUGGAUGAGAGUUGCGACGAACAGCUUAGUGAUGCAGCUAAUUUAAUCUGUAAACUAGAUAAAUCUCAUGAUAGUGAGAUCCCCAAUAAAUUUUCCUGCCCAGAGUGCAAUAUGUCCUUUACAAAUAAAGCUGGACUAACUGGUCAUCUGCGUGUACACACAAUGAGGUGUCCUUUUAACUGUAAAAUAUGCAACAGGGGCUUCUGGAAUAAAAGUCUUCUCCGUAAUCACAACAGGAAAUGUAGAUUUGGACGCAUUUCAGAGAGAAGUACAACCCAACCGUUGGAAGUACCUUUGAAAGCACAAAUUGAUUUUGUGCUGAAUGACUCUGUUCUAGUGUUUAAAGACUCCUCCACAUCAACUGGCACUGGGGUUCUGCAGACCAACUUCUCCCACAAAGAUGACUUAAUGGACGAAUCCCCACAAAAUGCUGAAGAAAAUCAGGUGCAAAGCAGCUCAAGUAAAGAGAAGAAAGCUGUGCAGUACCAAUGUUCAGAAUGUGAUCAGAGCUUCACAGAUGGCUUAAUGCUUAUUAGUCACCUUGAAGACCAUGGAAGACAGGAACAAGCGAAAAAGCGCAAUUCAUGUAUUAAGUGUGGGCAGGUGUUCGCUAGUAAAGGAAAUCUUGAAAGACACAUGAAGCUACAUGAAAAUAAUAGGAAAUACUCUUGCCCUGACUGCUCCAAGGUGGUUUACACACAAUCUGAACUUGAAAUCCACAGAACAUGCCAUGACGGAAAUAGGCCUUUUGCUUGCAAACUGUGUAAUUACAGGUUUUGGACAAGGCCAUCUUUAUGUAAUCAUUACAGAGAAGAGCAUCCAGAUGAUGCAUUCACUUGUCGUUUCUGUAACAAGGCUUAUUCUGUCAAAAAAUCACUGGCAAGACAUUAUAGAAGAUGGCAUAAAAAAGAGCAGCAGGAUCUUGGGAGAACUGUACCUGACAAGUGCAGCACUGAACAACAAUCCAGCAGUCAAGUCAGUACCACUGGUGAAAGCGGUGAAGAUGUAAAAAACAGCAGUGAGGACAGCGACUCCGACUCUGCGCCUUACUUCCCGUGCCACGUGUGUGGCAAGACAUUCCCAACAUCAGAAAGUCUUGAGGAUCAUCAGCGGUGUCACCUGGGUGAAAAACCACAUGAAUGUGCAGAAUGUGGUAGAUGUUUUUUCCAGGCAUCCCAGUUACAGCAGCAUCAACGAAUGCACAAGUCUGAAUUUCAGUGUCAGGCAUGCGGCAGAGGUUUUGUCUCAGUCUUUGCACUGCGUAAACACAAGCACACCCAUGGAAAGAGCCGUCCGUACCGUUGUUCCAAGUGUGACUUCAGUUUCACAGGACCCUUGCAGUUGGCAGAACACAUGUCUACCCAUCGUGAAGAGAACUUCCCAUGUGAUAUAUGCAAUCUGGUGUUUCCCUCCAAGAGUAGCAGAGCUGAGCAUCGGAAAAGCCACACUAAGUCAGGUGAUCACCCCCCACCUUCAAUUUCCAGGGAAGAACAUGAGAAGUCUGCUUCCCAUACUGAAAGUUCAUCCGUAUCCCCCAAAGAACUUAAAUACCGCUGUGGUGUUUGUGGUGAGCGUUUCAGAGACCCAGAGGAGCUCUCAGAACACGGUUGCAUGGCGGCCAAAGAGCGGGCAUACUCGUGUUCAGACUGCAAUAAACAUUUUCUGCAUGCGUCUCACCUGAAAAAGCACAGGACCACCCAUCAACUAUCAUCGUCUACUAGUGAAUAUCCAUGCAAUCAAUGCAACAAUAGUUUUUCCUCGUCUCAGCGCUUCCACAGCCAUCUGAUGAGCCAUGUUGAUACUUCAGCAGAAGCUAAGCAUAACACUAAAGGUGAAGAUGAAGGUCUAUCACACGGUUUCAUAUGUCCAGUUUGCCAUCAGUGUUUUGCCAGUGCCACUGAAUUGAUGUGUCAUUUCCCCACACAUCCUGAUGGUACCUUUGAAUGCAAAACUUGUAAAAUGACAUUUCCCUCUGAAAGUAAGCUUGAAGAACACCGUCGCUCUCAUGUUAUAUCAGAUACUGAAUUUGAAUGCACAGACUGUGGCAAGAGCUUUUUGGGAAAAGAUGCUUUCUGCCAGCACCACUGUUCCCAUCAACAGCAUUCAACAAUGGAGGCUGAAUACUCAAGUCCAUCAGCUAAGACAUCCCCUCCAACUUAUUAUCAAGCAGCAGGAGAGGAGGAGGAGGUUGACGUUACCGGAGAGGACUUGUACAAUUGCCCUGUUUGCUCAAUGCCGUUCUAUUCGCAAAGUGGUCUUCUGGAGCAUCAAAAUAAACAGCACCGAAAUGAGAAGCCAUUCAAAUGCCAGCUUUGUGGAAAAACGUUUGCCAGGAAGCGGUACCUCAGAGAGCACGAGCGAAGGCAUCGUCAAAAAGACGCUGCUCAAUUGGAAAGCAAGUUCAAAUGUACCCAGUGCCUCACGGAAUUCAGUUCAGCACAAGAUCUGUCUUUGCAUAUGAGAUUGCACGCUGAAAAAGAAGUUGGAGAGUACCGCUGUGAAAUGUGCUACAAGUCAUUCAGCCAGUGGUCUCAUCUGAAGCAGCACCAAGAAAGUCAUGUCGGCCAAGUUGUCUAUGAAUGCACAGAAUGUGACAAAGCCUUCGCUUUUCCUCACCUACUGGAGGAACAUCAACAGACUCAUGCUGGGUCUUCUCUGUAGUGGUUGUUGCAUACCAUCUAUCAUUAUCUUCACUUUGAAUAACUAGCUAAAGUUACUUGGGAUUUCAAGUUACUUCAUACCUUACAAUUUAGAUCCAAUUUGUAUUUUUUGCCUUUGUUACAUAUUAACAAAGAUGUUGGCUCAUGUGACUGACAGAGCAUCUUUCCCUGUGUUUCUAUUUACAUUGUAUAUAUUUUAGUUCUAAUAUUUGAACUUGUAUACAGUAAAUUAGCUACAUAGUUUCUUGACAGUGUUUGUAAAUAUAUGACAAAAUUGUGUAAAGCUGUUUAACAUUCUGUGUGAUGAAUACAGACAAUGAUGGGAUGAGAUGUUUAUAAAAAGUCUGGGAUAACGGCUUUUUAUGUUGAUUUGUUUUAUGUUUGACUUUUUUUUUAUUUGUUUUGUAAAAAUUUUAAUCUAUUGGUAGUUGUUUUUUUUUACUUAAUGUACAAUAGAUCAUUUUUGAAUUUUCAGUUUAACAUUUCACUGCAUUUAUGGGUUGCAUUUUUGUGGUUGCUAGUUUGCAAGUUUCUUGUAUAUACAAACAAAAUGUGUUCUAAUUGAAUAUUAUUUUCACAACCCAAUGAUGUCCUUUCUAAAGAAAUUUGACUUGAUGCAUUCAAUUAAGGAGUAAAGUCAACCAGAAAAUAUA